AUGGGGACCAGUGCGACUCGAACGCGCCUGAACGACCCGCCGUCGUCGAUCUCCCCGGCGGCCGCGAGCUGCGACGCCGCGUCGACGUCGCCGUCGCCUCCUCCUCCUCCUCCCACCGCGCCGCCGCCGCCGGGGCCGUUCAUCAGCGCGGUGUACUCGUCGGUCGCGUCGUCGCCGUCGCCGUCGCCGUCGCCGCCGCUCUUUUGCUGCGAGAGCGCCUCUCGAAUCCCUCCGAUGGCGCCGCCGAUCCCGGCGCCCGUCUCGAUGGCAACCUUGACCGCCUCCGCGGCUUCGAGCGACGCGCCGACGCCGGACGCGACCGCGGACGCGGUCGCCGGGUCGAUCGGCGCGCCGGCGCCCGCGCCGGCGCCGGCGGCGACGGUGGCGGCGGCGGCGGCAACCUUCGCGGCGCUCUUCCCGGGCGCGGCGGGCGCUCUGACGAUAUCAAUCGCGUCGAUGUCGACGACAGCCUUAUCGUACGACUCGCCGUCGUCGCCGAACGCGAAGGUCACCGUCUCGCCGUCUGAUGACGUUUCUUCGCCGUCGGACGCUUCUUGUUCUCCGUUCCCUCCGUUCCCGUUCAGGGCCGUUCUAUACAAGCGAACGUCGGGGUGGAGUUGA